AUGCCGCUCAUGCUGGAUAACUCCAUGCCAGUAGAUCUCAACGCUGUCGAUGAUCUUUUUGGCGAUGGCGUCGAUCUGUCUUUGCCUGUUAGGGUCCAGAGCAAGCAGCUUCAGCAAAGGAUGGACGAUAUCAGAAUUCGAGGUUGUUGCCAAGCUGUGGCAUGGUCAAGGACGGGCACCAUUGCCAACAUCACACCAGAUGGCCAAAAUGUUGAGCUUCGUUAUCUGCGACGUUCUCCGGAUGAUGGCUCCUGGGAUCUGAGUGAACCCACCACAUGCCCCUUUGUCAAGGGAAGUCCAACUAUCCCCAUUGUUCAUUUGGUGUGGGCUGGCACAAGCAGUCCAGAUUUGGCAGUGAUCGACUCCGUCGGUCGCGUUAUUAUCGUCAGCUUCUCCAUCACACUCAACCAUCCUUUUGUCCAACGAAAAUGGGAUACUGACCCGACUGACGACGUGCACACCAUUGUCGGCGCUUACUGGCUUAAUGUCGCUCCCUCAAAUCAACAGUCUUACAAUGUUAUGUAUGGGCCAGCUACAAAACACCCUAAUGGAUAUAUGUAUGAGAGCUCAUUCAUCCAUGCUGGAGGGCCAUCACAUCCCACAUCGGCCAAGAGUGCCCUGUUGACCAUCACUACGCAUGGUGUUGUCAGAAUGUUCUGGUCACAAAACACCAACCGUAUUGAAGAGACGACCAUGGAACUGGAAAGUAUAAGCGCUUCUGAUGAGUUGAUCACGCAUGCGGCCUUUGCAUCAGAAAAGAAACACCUACUUCUUGCCCUUGCUACAACCUCAAAACAAUUGAGGCUGAUCAAGAUUGAGAUCCAAUGGGGCCAGGCAGCUCAAGCCGAGAAGGUUCCUGGCCGGCCUGCAGGAAGUCUGAGUCCUUCUCUGGUUGAGAAACACUUAGCUACCACAAACUGGCUCCAGGGAGGCCCUGGAGAUUCUGGCAUUGAUACUUCCAUGAUUGAGCUUUCGCAUUUGGAGGUUCUGCCUUCUGUGACAGACAACACUGGGAAAAGCACCACACCACCAAUGGUUGUCGCAGUGAGGUCACGAACUCCCAAUGAAGGCUCUUACCAGGUUGUCCAAAGCGUCAUUGAUCGUUGGGAAGCUGUAGAGCAAAAGCAAAAUUUGCCCUCGGCCUACGAACAGCUCGGGGGUCGACGAAAUAGCAUCUCCUCAGAGCUUCCCGCCACGAUGCAGUUGCACAAAGCUGCGCCUGUUACAACCAACAAAGUUGUUAUUGCGUUCAACACCACCAGUUUUGGCAAGUUUCUGGUGGUGGCUUUCGCAGAUGGCACAGUCGAGUACCGCGACAGACUUACAUUCGAAGAGUUAUACGCGGCCCAGGAUCUCAACAAGGUCAUGAACCUUCGACAGAUUGGAUGGACAUUUUUAGACGAAGGACCAUGUCAACAAGUUGCAUUUUCGCCCACCUAUUGUUCCAUGGUGCAAUUGGGUGAAGACGGAAAAGUCAAGUGGAAUAAAUUACAUUAUCCUCAUGGUGAUAUCGGAAACUCUAUGCAAGAUGCUCUAUACUCUGGCAGCAUUGCGGCCUUGACUGUUACCGCAGCGCCGUGUUUAUUCUACCAGAAUAACUACGACGACAUGCUCGCCAUUGUUCGGCCGUACACUUUCAAGAAGAGAUUUGUUCAGGAUUGGAUUACUGAGAUUAUUAGGAUUCUCAAAAUUCAUAUCGACUACUCUGAAGAAACCCAUCAUGACUCACUUGUGCGGAAUGGCUCUCUGCAGUACUGCUUCAGCAUCAUGAACGCACUCGGAUUCCGAGGCGACUUCAGUCCUCGAUCCUUCCAGAGCAAGUUCUCAAUGCUGUUCCUGAACGUACGGAACGUGGUCGUCCUUGUUACUAUUGCUAGCAAUACACCUGUUACGGUCAGGGAAAAACUAAGUCCUCUUGACGAACCAGAGGUCAUCGAGACGCUUGGUGGUUGCGCAAGGUGGGCGCUAGAUCUUAUUGCUUGGCUGAUGGACUGUCUCUUUGAGCUCAUGAGCGAUAACCACUUUCAGGGACUCCUGACUCGUGAGCGCUUCUCUGAAGUUUCUCCAUAUUUGCAUGCGAAAAACAACGUUGCUCUUCAUUUCCUGAUGAGCUCAUCAAGUCGAGGAUUUCUCUCGGCAAUAUGCCGCAGGCUAUCACACUUGGAAGCCCUCAGUGGAAGGGCCAUCGAGUUCUAUAGAAGACAGUCGGCAGUUGUCGAGGGCGGAACCGGAGGCAGGGCAGCCCCCCAGCUUCAACAAGCGUAUAUGGCAAUGCAACAGGUUACAUCAUCGGCUCUCGUCAAGGUGUCAGAGGUCGAGGCUCUUCUCACUGAGCUGAGCAAGGAAAUUCGACAAGCCUAUCAAGUCUAUCUCCCAACUUUUGUCAAGAGCCAGCAAAACCCACCACAGGGUAAACAGAUAGACAUGGCAAUCAAGGCGGCCCGUGUACAGAUAGAGCUGUCGAUGCUCCUCUCAGCAUCACCGCCUCCGGCAUUCAUUCAGAUCAUCAAGAAGUUUUUCACUACAGACCUGCCGGCAUUUCGAAAGACUAUAGACCCGGGCCGCCUGUUCUUUGCAGAUUACGAUCUUCUCGAGGUGCAGGAUGACGAACACAGCCUGGCAGCCAAGAAGGCACGGGGUAUGCUGUAUGUGGAUGUGUUCAAACGCAUGCAGAUCAGACCCUCCCCUAACAAGCAGUGGAGACGGUGCUCAAGGUGCACUGCGGUGAUGGAGGAUGUGUUUGGUAGCAGGCCGGGGUUCACAUUUGUCCUGGGCCAGCAAAGGAAGUGCUCGUGUGGAGGACAGUGGACACUACUUCCUAAAGGACAUGUUGCUUGA